AUGACUCGGACUGAGUUUGACGAAACCGAAUCAAAGCUUGGUGAGAUUCCGACUCUCCCUCCCAAAUCCGUAGCUUUGAUCCCGGAGUUUCAGUUUAGGGUUUUCAACCGAAAUCAUUUGGUUGUCUCUGGUUGGGUAGAUUCCCUGCACGAUUAUCGAUUCUCUCUCUCUCUCCUCUGGUUUUCCAGUGCUGCUUCGUUUCUCGAUCUUACUCGGAUUCUGCUUCUCUGCGACAAUUUCUCCUUGGCUAAGCCAAGUAUUCUUCACAAUUUAUCGCUUCUCUCACCUCCCUUUACACAGGUGGAACCUCAAAUGGCUGAAUCUCCAGGGCAAGUAAGACGUAUAGGUGGUGGAAUUAAUCAACUUCUCGAGAGGCUAUGCGGUGUUUCAAGAAGAUGUUUGUUCCGAGUCAUAUCUAUGGGUCCUAUGCCAAACCAUCUCGCCUUUAUCAUGGAUGGAAACCGGAGGUAUGCAAAGAAGUGCGGUUUAGUAGACGGGUCAGGUCACAAAGCCGGGUUCUCUGCGCUCAUGUCGAUGCUACAGUACUGCUACGAGCUGGAGAUCAAGUAUGUGACGAUAUACGCGUUUAGCAUAGAUAACUUUAGAAGACGGCCUGAGGAGGUUCAGUCUCUGAUGGAUUUGCUGUUGGAAAAGAUUAACUCUUUGCUAGAGAAAGAGAGUAUUGUACAUGAAUAUGGUAUGCGAGUGUAUUUCAUCGGUAACUUUUCGCUUCUUAGUGAUCAAGUGAGAGCUGCUGCGGAAGAAGUCAUGAAUGCCACUGCUAAGAACAGUCGGUUGGUGCUUCUUGUCUGCAUUGCCUAUAACUCGACGGAUGAGAUCGUGCAAGCUGUCAAGAAAACUUGUAUGAACAAGUCAGAAGCGUCUGGUAGUUGUAAAGAUGAGGAUAGAGAAGGAAUGGAUAUGGAGAAGAAGAGGAGGAUACAGUUGGUGGAUAUUGAGGAGAAUAUGCAGAUGAGCGUGGCGCCUGAUCCUGAUAUACUGAUUCGGAGUUCAGGAGAGACGAGGCUGAGCAAUUUUCUUCUGUGGCAAACAGGUAACUCUCAGCUGUUUUCUCCUGAUGCUUUGUGGCCUGAGAUUGGUCUGAGGCAUUUGGUGUGGGCUAUAUUGAACUUCCAGAGAAGCCAUUCGUACUUGGAGAAGAAGAAGAAACAGUUGUGA